UCAUAUAUCAGGUGUACGUACUCAUUUUUCACUCCUACAACAAUAACAACAAAACAACUUCGCUUCCAAUACGGACUCAAGAUUUGCCGUGUCACGAUCACGAGCAAUACUCUUUAAGCGCGCAGGUUUUUUUUGAUUACUAUCACCCCGCAUCCAUUUAGGCGCGCGGUCGAUUUUAAUUACUUGCUCAUAUACGCACGCACACAUACACACACCUCAGCGUCUAUUAGCCAUCUUCGUACAUACGCCGAGUUUGACGUCCGAUCUCGAAUACCACCUGAAUGAAGUAACUGUGAGAUUACUAGUAUAGACGGAACAAGUACCCAAAGAAGCAAUAUACACCAACUACACACAUACCUAUCUUGCAUAUAUCUACGCACGAUGGCGGAUACUGUAUAUCGUCGUAGCGGGCGGGGCGGCGCCGGCAACUUCUACUCGCAAAAAGAUAUCGAAGAGGCAACUGGGAGGAACUCUGAGGAUCUCGAGGCGCAGAAAUCGCAACCGCUUGCCGAUGAUGAACCGCUGACCGACCCAGCCGAUGGCCCAGCGCAACCCGUUGCGGUCCCCAUCGUGGGCUCUACUACCAGCGGUGUAAGGAUCGGCAGGGGCGGCGCUGGAAAUUUCGUCGACGUUCCUUCGUCAUCUAUAGCCACGACCGCCCCCGCCACCAAAUCUACCACUCAUGCUUCAAACCCCCAAGACCAGUCGCAUCCACAGUCUCCGCCGACGUCGCCGCGCCGCGGGGGUGCGCUCUCGGGCCGUGGGGGCGCAGGAAACUGGACGUCUGAGCAUGGAGAAUUCGAGCCGUACGACCAAGAACAGGAGCGCAAACGCCGCGAAGCUCUCGAUGCGCACAUCUUACAGGAUAUACGAGACUCGCUGCCGCAGCCGCCCAAGAUCCACUAUAUGCAUGGCCCGGGUCGGGGACGGAAGCCGGAUCUGCCUGUCUAGCCGGGCUGAAUAAUAGAUGUCGUUAAUAAUUGCGAUAUGGAAGAGAUAGCUAUUCUAUCUAAAGUCUCAGAGUUGGGACCAAGGAUAUCACUCGCGAAUGAGAUGGAUAAACCCUUUGAAGACCAACGCCGUUAAGAGCUUACAUACCAUCUAGAACAUCU